GCCAUAUCAUCAUCGAUAAAUAAACAUUCUCAGGAUUAGUAGACACUACAAGUGUACAGUUAUUAAUGAGAUCAGCAGUUAUGAUCUCUAGAUGGUGAUUAUUUAGAAUAAUUAGUUAAAUUUUUCAAGUCUCGUUUGGAAGUUUAUUUUUUUUAAUAACAAACACCACUGGUUGGUGUUAGAUUUGAAUCAAGCUGUAACAGAUGCAAGCAAAGAAUUUUGUGGACAGGAGAACAGCUACAACACUCAGUAUUUUUGUAACGAAAUUAUGUCAGGGUCUUCAGGGUCAUCAUCUCAUCCACAACAGUCAACAUCUCCAACUGCCGCCGGCUCCAGUAGCAACCAGUCUUUGAGGUGGAGUCUUCAAAAUUUUCCAGUGCCUGUGCAGCUUCAGGCUCGUCUGCCAAGAUCUCCAUUAUCAGUGGCACAAGAACUGUUGCCCAAUUUCCCCACCCACCUCAGCCAUCAACGUGGGCAUGAAGAAGGGCAGCCACAGCAGUACCAGCUUAGCCUGCAACAACACAUCCAGCAACAGCUACAGCAGCAGUUUCAGAGGCAGCUACAGCUAAACUUGCAGGGGCUGGCUGAGUCUCCCCGCGCCCCGGAGAUGCCUGACCCCCCAGACACUAUUCUUGACCUAGACAUGCCUGCUGGGGACAGCAGUGGGGGGUUCUCGUCAAUGAGUAACAGCGGGAACUCUAGCGCCAUACGAGGUUUUAACUCUCACCUGUUGGAGGCGAUUCUACGAGGCGCAGCCGCCCAGCAGAGACCAAACUCUAAUAAUAAUUCGAGCCCCAUAGGUUUGAUAUCUCGAGCGGCCAAUGGAAAUAGCGGCGCUACUCAGCAUCAUCACCACCAUGCACACUCUCACAACUAUCAGAGCACUGGCACAAUGGACAAUAACGCCUUGGGCAACAACAUGUCUGUUAACGGAGGCACUGGUAUUAACUUUGGGGCGGAUGUAGGGCAAGCAGGGGUUGCUGGUAAUGGGGGCGGGGCAGUUAACCCGGGCCCCCAGCAAGCAGCGGAACUUACGCUACUGUACAAGUGGGUUGCAGAGUCUGGAAUCUUUAUCCUGCUUUUGUUUUUACAUUUCCUCUAUGACCACCGGCUAGGUUUGCUGGUGUUCUUGUGUUUAGGAGGGACAUUUUACUACACAAAUAUGAAGCUAGUUCAUGCUAUACAUCAGUCUGCUGUCAGGGAACAAAGCAGAUCUUGGCUUGGUCUUCUAAACUUGAUGUGGUUGUGUGGGUUCCUGAUUGUCAACAUAGCCAUACUAUAUUAUGUUUUUAGUGCCCAAGAACUGUGGAAACUGUUGUAUUUCCAGAUGGCGCCAGUGUCAGACAUAUCUGUGUGGACACUGUUGUGGUGUGUGGUCAUGACGGACUACAUCAUCAAAUUUUUGACUGUGAUCUUCAAAUCCUUACUUGCCAUGUUCCAGCCCUGUAGUAAAAACUACCGCCAGAGGGGCAAAUACUAUUUGUUAAUUGAAAGCAUUUCACAACUUUACCGUCAAGUUGUCACCAUUGUGCCAUGGUGGUAUUACCUCAAUGACAGCAACAGGACCAGCUUGUGGUUUGCAUUCAUCACUGAAGCUGUGUACCUGGGCUUUAAGAGUUGGUCAGUGUGGGGUGCUGUACAGUUUUUAUAUUCAUCUUUCCAAAGAUUUCAGUCUAACACAUCUUUUGGCAUCAAGCCAAGCUCUAAUGAUGUUUUAGAAAGAGGCAACCAAUGCCCAAUUUGUCAAGAUACUUUCAAUGAACCAGUGAUGUUGCCUUGUAAGCAUAUAUUUUGUGAACAAUGCGUGUCCAUAUGGUUUGACCGUGAGAAGACAUGUCCCAUGUGUAGGGCGGAGAUCACUACUGAGUCACCCAUGUGGAAAGACGGAAACACCAGCCCUCAUUUACAAUGGCACUGAUGUUUAGCAGGGUGUGUGUAUGUGUUGGCAUAUGGGUAGUGUCUGUGUGCAUAUGAUGGUGUUUAGUGCUUGUAAGAUGAAAUAUAGUGUGUGUAUGGUUGAUUGUGUAUUGUGUAUGGUUGAAAUUGUGUAUCAGUAACUGGUGCAUAUGUAUGUAUUUGUAUUUAUAGGCUUAAAAUGUUAUUUCAUGUGGUACAUACAUGUACCCAUACAUUUCAUGGUCAAAUUUGAACAGAAAUAUAGUUCAUAAAUAAGGGAGAGAAUAUUUUAAUAUGUUUUUUUUUAUUGUAAAGAGAAAUUCCGUAAUAGAAAGUACUUUCAUAACUAUAAAAAAAAAAUCUAGUUGGUUUAUACGAUUAUAUUUUGUUUUAUGUUAAUUUUGUGUUUUUGUUUAAAAUUUUUUUGAUCACAAUUUUAUUUCAUGCACUGUUUGUUUACAUUUUUUGUUUACCUUUUCUGUAGAAAUAGUUACAAACAAUUGUGUUUUUUGUGUGCUUGUGUGUUUCAUUUGUAGGUCAUUAAUACCACAGAAUGAGAUAGCAAAAUGAUGUAAGAAAUGAUUAUGUAUUACAGUAUCCCGCGAUAAUGUGGUUGAGAUUAUUGAGCACUCUUUUUUUUCUUUGGUCCAAAAUGAGACAUUUUAUAAUCAUAAAUUUAUAAUCCCUACCCUAGCUUUUUUAUUAUAACAGGGAAGGGAGUUAGUUAUACAAUGGAGUAUUAAGUUACAUUUCUUGUUGGUAUGUGAUAAAAUUUACUUAAUCUCUCAAUGUUUUAACUAAAAACAUCAGUUUUCUGUGAUCUUUUUUUUUUGGUAACAUUUAAUAAUUUGUAUUAUAGAGUUAUUUCCCUUGAUUUAAUUAUUUGUGAACAGGUGACAUUUCAAAAUCUGUUUUAAAAUUGAUGUAAUGGGAGCAAAAUUUUGAAAGUUUAUUGUACAUCACCAAUCAUUUGUUAUAUUGCCAGCCCCUGUUCUCACUACUGAACAUACACCAACCAUCUCAUUGAUUUUCUUCUUCAUUCAAUCCAAUCCAUUUUUUUUUGUUUUUUUAUUUGCUAGAGGACCAGAUGUUCUUAAAAAUUGGUUUGGAAUAUUAACAAGGUGUAUAUUUUUAAAAAAGAUAUUAUAUAAUUUAUUUCUUUUUUAUUUGUAUAUAGAAGCUGAUUACAUUGCAUGGGCUAGGGGAUUUUAAAUUAAUCAAUUAUUGCUUUAAUUCAAUUUUGACUUUAAAAUUUUUAUAUUUAUAGUCCUUUUUAUUUGAUCUACAAUUUUUUGGGGUCUUAGUAUUUAGUUGUAGUUUUUUUUUUUUUACAACUUUAAAGAUUAUUUUUGAAGCUUUAAUAUUUAAAAACGGGAAAUAUAUAUUUUUCUCACCAUUUUAUUUUGGGGAAAAUCUGGUUUCCGCAGUUUUGAAUGUGAAAAGUUUAGGGCAAUGGUUAAUUUCCAUAGUCCAGGCAAGGUUUAUAAUGUGACAUGGUAUGGCUAAAGCAGUUGUAAUAUUUAAAAAAAAAACAUUUUGAUAAAAAAAUUUUAUAUUUAAAAAAAAAAUUAAUAUAAAUAUAGUAUCAAUAAAUAAGAAUUUACAGUAGUAAUGUUUGGUAAUCAGUAUUGUUCCAGGAUCAAUUUACCCUUUAAAAGGCAAAUCCAAGUCCAAUUUUUUUUUAUGUCUACAAGUAAGAUUGAGUUAUUUAAAUGCAUUUUUUUUUUUCAGCUCACAUGUACUCUUGAGUGCUGUGUGUGUAUCUUAGAAGUGA